AUGGAUCAACAAUUUCUCAUGGCGGCUAGAACCGGAAACUUAAACCUCAUCAAGCAACUCGUAGAUGCUGAAACCAACAUCCUAAACGCCAUCACUCCACGCAACACUGCUCUUCACAUGGCUGCACGAUUCGGACACAAAGAUUUGGUGGAACAGAUAAUAAAUUGGCAUCCGAAUCUCAUCCACAAGACCAACCUCAAUGGUGAAACACCCUUUCAUGUAGCCGCAAAGGCCGGACGGUUCGAUGUUAUUCUCUUGUUCAAGGCUACUGUGGAAGAUAUAGCAAGGGUCAGAGACAAGCAUGGCGACACCCCUUUACAUUGUGCUGUCAGAAAUAAUCAUAAGUUGGUUAUAUGGCUAGUGGUAGACGGAGAUCAGGAAGCUUUGAGGCUAGUCAACAAUGCCGGGGAAUCUCCGCUUGUUGUCGCCAUUGAUUUAGGCUUAACUAAUGUUGCUCACAGCAUCAUAUUUGGAAAUCCAUCCACUCUUGAUCAUAGAGGAAACAAUGGCCAAACACCGCUGCACCGUGCCGUCUUAAGCCGCGAUCUGGCUAUCGUGGACAGAAUCCUGGUUUUGAAACCAGAGUUGAUCACCAUGCAAGAUGGGAAAGGGAGAAAUCCCCUUCACUAUGCUGUUUCCUUGGGUGACUAUGAAAUGGUUAAGAAAUUACUAGAAUGCAAUAGUUCAGCUGCAUAUCAAGUAGAUAAUAAUCGACAGAUACCUCUCCACUUUUCUGCCAAGAAUGGUCAAGUAAGCUUGUUGAAGCUGCUGCUAAAUCCUUGCCCGGACACCGUUGAGAUGAUCAACAAUGAGCAAUGGAAUAUUCUCCACCUUUCUGCUAAAAAUGGGUACGUGAAUGUAGUAUUGUAUGUCUUGGAUUUGCCUGAAGCUGAAGAUUUGGUUAAUGGAUCAGAUAUUGCUGGAAACACCCCUUUGCAUCUUGCAGCAAUGAACUUCCUUAGCAAUGUGGUCUAUUUUUUGUCAAGGAAUUCAAAGGUGAACAUUAGGGUAAUGAAUCAGAAUUCUCAGACAGCUUUGGAUGUUGUCUAUUCAAUUGAAGAUGGUGGGAUGGAACUACAAAAGCACUUGACCUUAAAGGCUUUGAAGAGUUCUUAUACGAAGAGAGCUGGCGAUCUCCUUCAAGACGGAGGAUUCGUCGAUACAGAUGUCGAGAAAACAAACAAAAUCGGACAAAAAAGCAGGGAAAUGGCGACAACUAUGUUGCUGAUGGCAACACUGAUUGCUACAUUUACAUUCACAGCAGCUUUUACAAUCCCUGGAGGUUUCAAAAACAAUGGUCCAGACGAGGGUAUGUCGACAUUACUCGGUAAGUCUGCCUUUAAAGCAUUCGUAGUCACGGAUUCGAUUGCCUUCACCUCAUCAAUGACUGCAGCAGUGCUGGUUUUCUGGUCAUCUUCAUAUCAAGUCACUGAAUCAUUCAUGGACACACUUCCUUUCGCCAUUGCUUUUACUUGGAUUGCACUUGUGGCGAUGGCAUUGGCAUUCGUUACGGGAUUGUUCGUAGUGUUGUCCAAGACCUUGUGGCUUGCCAUACUGGUUUGUUUCAUCGGUUGUGCAUCGCCUGCAAUUCUUUACUUAUUUGGACCGUUGUUUCUCCUCGUGUUCGAUCGCUUGUCAUCUUCUUCGACCUCUCUCGCUCGCCGACGUAACAUACUUGAAGACAACCCGUUUUUGUUUAUCUUUCGAUUGACAAAGAUGAUUUACUGA